AUGACAAACACUCAAUUAAGCGGCUCAAUCCUCCCUAUUUCUCUGGCUGCAUUUUUAUUUUACCAAUACUGGCGCCUGACUCGUCGACCUAACAUUCGUCACCCACCGUCCCCGGCGUCACUUCCGUUAGUAGGCAACUUAUUCUCGAUUCCUUCAGGUCAAGAAUGUGCUGCUUUUGCGGAAAUUGGAGAAAAGCUCAAAUCCGACAUUGUUUAUCUUGAAUUAUUUGGCCAGAAAAUCGUCGUCCUGAACUCUGCCGAGGCCGCCUCCGACCUCUUGGAUAAACGUUUGGGGAUUUACUCAGAUCGACCCUCUAUACCAAUGGUUACUGACCCAUCAUUAAUGAACUGGACAAAGAGUGUUUCCUCGGCCAAAUAUGGCGAACUCACGCGUAGCUAUCGCCGCAUAAUGAAUAACUGGCUCAACAAGCGCGCUGUUGUUCAGUUUAAUCCCAUGCAGGAAAGACAGGCUCGAUUGCUCUUGAAAAGCUUGUUAGAUAUCACAAAUCAUUCCGAGCCCUUCCAGGCUGUCAAAAAAGAAUUAUUUUUUUCGGCAGGGUCGUCAAUGCUUCAAGUGGCUUAUGGGUACGAAUCGCAAGGCCCUGACGACCCAUUCUUCACAAUGGCAAAACUCGCAUUCGAACACGCUCUACACGCGGGAAUGCAAACAACAAUGUUACAUAUACCAGACUGGUUUCCCGGAACAGGAUGGAAACGCAUAGGAAGACAAUGGGGAAUAAUGCAAGAAGAAGCAAAGACGAGGCUUUACGAAUGGGCAAAAGAACAGGUUGAUGCCGGCCACGCGCUACUUUCGGGACUGAGUCCCACAGAGACAGAGGAACGAUUGAAAGAGGAUAACGCCAGGCCUAAUAUACCUGGUCACUCACCGGCCGGGAUGGAUACUAGUGCAAAUUUCCUUCUAAACUUUAUAGCUACAAUGGUUUUGCACCCAGAUGUACAACUACGAGCCCAGCAGGAGCUCGACACCAUCCUCGGCCAAGUGACUUUACCAACAAUUAAAGAUCAAGAACGGCUACCGUACAUGAGGAACGUGGUCGAUGAAGUUCUACGGAUGUACCCUGUUGUUCCACUUGGAUUACCCCAUGUAUGCUUUAAAGAUGACAUUUAUCGAGGAUACCACAUUGAAAAAGAGACAAUUGUGUAA